GCUUCUUGCGGAGCAGGCGGCCGCCGCGGCAGCAGCAGCUGCAGCUGCAGCGAACGGCCACAAUAGCGAUAAUAGUAACAUUAGUGUUGACCCCAGUAACGGUCAAGCCACUACAAUUCCCGCCACCACGACCAUCAACCAGAUAAAGCGGCGCAUCAUAGCUAAGCUGUUCUCUGGUGGCAGCAAGGCAAACGGUACGUCGUCUGGUACGUCAAACGGACAGCAGCAACACCAGCAACAGGACUCAACCAGCACCAUGGAUCUUGGUGACCGUGUCUACGCAGCCGAGAGGAUUACCAAGAAACGCAAAAAGGGGGGAAAAAUCGAGUACUUUGUCAAAUGGAAAGGAUGGAGCAAAAAAUACAACACGUGGGAGCCGGAAGAAAACAUUUUAGACUCGCGGUUGAUCGAAAUAUACGAAGAGGGUCAAAGAGGCAGCGACGCCACGUCUAGGAGGCCCAGGAGGAGGGACACGCGCUAUGUAAGUUCAUUUCCAUACCCUUUCUUUUAUGUCUCUCCCUCUUUUAAAAAGCAAUCGACAUUCGUGACUAAAACUAUUUCUUUCCAGGAGCUGGUGCUCAAAAAUCUGGUGGUCGAGGAAGAGCCGGGCGGUGACGAGCGCAUCGGCGAGGAUAGCCAAGAGGAGUCGGCGACGGAGACGUCGGUCACGACGAACAACAUCAGCUCGAUCAACCUGAACGUCGACGAGGACACGGUCGCCAGCUCCCUGGACGGCCGCGAGUCCCCAAUCCCGACCGCCGACCUCUCAGCCUCCAACUACAGUAUCGACUCUGACAGUUCGAGCAGCAGUGUGGACAUGCCGCUGCUGCCGAGGCGCGAGCCCGCUGGCACCAAACGCAAGGCCGAGGUGCUCAGCAAAGAAUCCGGAAAAAUCGGUGUCACCAUCACGACGAGCAGCCCAAGCAGCGGCAGCGGCAGUCCACCACCCAACAAGAUACCCAAGCUCCUCCCGCUCAAGGGCGCCUCCACAUCACCGACUUACCACCACAAUCACAAGGUGAACGGUAGGCGGCUGUCCUCGUCGAGCGUCAAGUCAACUCCGGAGGAGCCGUUGCCCGCAGUCCCGACGACACCGGCGGCGGCCAUCAUUCAAGACAAAAAGGGUUCGGAUGCCCACCUCAGAGCUGACGUGCCGCAUGGUCCAGCCCCGUCGCUUCCUCGUGCCCCCAGCGCUCCGCUGUCACCGCAACUGGACACAACCCCUUUGGAAAUACCGCAGCCGACUCCCAGCAAAAAGAAGUCGCACCACUCGCACGAGCACAAGAGCACCGACAAGGAGAAACUGCCGCAGCACAAUGGGCCCCUGGUCGUCGAUGCCAACGGGCACAAGUCACUCAGCCCUAUCGACUCUUACACAAACAACAACAGGUUAAACACCGGAGCUAUCCUCAACGGCCACCACAACAACAACAACAACAACAACAACAGCAACAACGUCAGCAACAACAAUACCAUAAAUAACAAUAACAACAACAACAACAACAAAUCGCCGAGCAUCAAGAUAAGCAACAGCUGCAACAACAGCAGCAGCAGCAACAGCAGCAGGCACAGCCACAAAUACAACCACAAGCACAGCCGCAAGCACAGCCGCAAGCACAGCAGCAGCAGCAAGCAAGAGGAGGUGGUGGUCAAGCCGGCGGAGACGAUUUUUGUGCCGUUGACAAGCCCGGGGACGGAUUACUGGCACGCGCGCAAUCCAGUGGCCGACCAGGUAUUCAUAACCGACGUGACGGUAAAUCUUAAAACCGUGACCAUCAGGGAGUGCAAGACUGAGAAGGGAUUCUUUCGCGAGCGGGAUCCGAAGAGCGAUGUUUACCAGUAGGGCCGUGACUACUGAAGCUACCGCGGUCAUCGUCGUCGCCGUCGAGUGUGUUGUGUAAUAUUUGAAAUGUAUUUUCAAAGCUUGUAUAUAUACAUAUAAAUUAUUUUCGCACUAAAGGUAAGAAAACAAACGAAAGGAGGCACGCGGCUGUCGAGGGGUGAGAUUAUUUCGGGGCGUGUGCUGCGCCGUUGCGCACGUGUAGGUAGGUGUGGUAGCAAAGUUCAAAGUGACCUAAGCCCCGUGCAACAAUCUCGUUUAAUUGCAAAGUCGAUGACGUAUCAUUGAUGAUGAUUAUUGCAAGGCUGUAGAAAUAACAGAGACUCUUAUUUUGCGUCGUUCUCUUCGUUUUCGUUUCGAAGGAAGGACUGAGAGCGAGAGGGAGAGGGUUUAUUUAUUUGCCGAGAUAAGGCGUCGGAGGCCGAGCGUAUGCGUUUAAAGGCAAGUGAGACGGGAUUGUGAAUCCACUAAUGGCUUUCGAUCGAUCGAUCGCUAAGGCACGAUUGAAAUAUAAACAAUUUGAACUAAAAAAACAAAAAAAAAUGAAUAAAUAAAUAAACGCUUGGUAGUUAAUAGUACGCACUGAUAAUAACAACAAUAAUAAUAGUAAUAAUUAUAUUAGAAAGUGAACAGUCAAAGUAAUAUUCUCAUACAAGUUUCGUGGAAUUCAAGCAUCUGUUAACUAUGGUAGUGUCAGUCUUGACGAUAUUAGAUGUGUGUGUAUGUGUGUGUGAGCGUCGAUGGUAUCGGAUUACGAGUUGCGAGUAUUUGGCUGAGGAUUAUAUUUAAUGGUUAUAUCGCUUUUUAAAAAAAGUGGGUUAAAGAAGAUGUAAGAUUCGAUACGGAUUUUUGUUGUUUGCAUAAGUUCCUAAAAUUAAAGAAUUUUUGAUGAAUCUUUCUUAUUCGUGUAAAGAAAAAAAAAAAAAUUCAAUUGUAACUACUUUUACGCUUGUAAGUAGUAGGCAGUCCAACGAACAAAAGCAAACUUAAAGAUUUAUCUGUCUAUGUGCACAGUUAGUUCCUUUUUUCUAUUAAGUAAAUUAGUAAAUAGACAUUCACUGGCUUUUUCAUUCAAACUAUAAAAUCAAAUGCAUUUGUUUGAGAAACAAAAAAAAAUAGUAAAUGGAUACUAUAUGGGAAAAAAAGAUGACUGUCGACGUGACAACAACACGGAUCGAUCUAUCUUUUUUCGCAACGUGUGUCUUUGAGCAUAUCUCUCAGCGUUUCGAUUAAUUAUAUUUUCUUACUGAGCAUAAGAAUCUUUUCGCGAUUAAAAGAGAAAUGGAUGAAAAAAAAAGAGAACAAGAUUGAGAUUCAAGCGAAACUUCACUGACCAAAAUUUUCGUCUUACCAAGGAUCUACAUAGAUUAAUAUGACUAUACAAUUACUUCAGUCGCAGUUGUGUUUAAUGAGAUGCUUAUGUACAUUUUGUGCAUUUUUUUCGUACGUACUUUCGUAUGAACCAGUAAAUCCGUGAUACAUAGAUUAUUAAUAAAUAUUACCCUCUUAUCGAAACUAAUCGUAUAUGUUGCUUAUUUAUUAAAUCGGUUUUAUCAUUAUUUGUAGAAUCUUCACUUCUUAGUAUUAUAGAAUUUAAUGUGUAAACAAGGUGUCCCACAGUUUUAUCAUUUAUUUUAUUCUCAAGUUGCACAAGAAUUUUGUAAAUACAACACGAAGCGAGUCGUAAUUAUAACUUAAAUUUAUACGUACAUUUAAAAAAAAAUAAAAUUCUGAGAAUACAAGACGUGUAUUUAAUCCGAGUGCAAAACGUAAUGAGAUGUUUUUUUUUAACGUUUUAUCUUGAUGGGACAACUUGUAUACUAAAGUAGGAUUUGCUCCUCUAGAGUUCUAAACGCCUAGAAUUCACGCAAGAAGUGUAAUAUGUGUAUAUUUGAAAAAGAAGAGCAAAGUAUCACAGACAAGGGAUAUCGAAUUCAGAUGAAUAGUGUCCUGUAUAAAAA